AUGUACGGCUGGAAGAGCCAGCCCGGCUUCAUCAGCUUCGACCGCAAGCAGGGUGGUGGCGCAGCCGCCUGGACCUGCACCCUCUGCGGCACCGUCAACCUCAAGGCUGACUUUGACGUCGUCUGUAAAAAGUGCAAGGCGCCGCAGCAGAUGGGCGAGGAGAUGGAGGUGGCGCCCCACACCAUCGUGACCCAGACGCCGUACGAGGCCGACGCUGCGCCGAAAGCGAGCUUUGCGCCGGGCAGCAAAGGGCUCAUGCAGCCGGACGGCGCGAUGCUCUUCAAGACGCGGCUGUGCACAAACUUUCAGGCGAGCGGGCAGUGCCCAUUCGCCGAGAAGUGCCAUUUCGCGCACGGCGAGGAGGAGCUGCGCGACAAGCGCACGGGCCUCCAGCGCAACGCCGCGAUGCAGGCCGGCCACAACAUCCAGGGCAUGGCGGCGCACGGCGCCGCCGCCGGCCUCGCGGCGCUCGCAGCGGCGCAGGUGGGUCUGCGAAUCGGGCAGUCGGCGGCGGCCGACAUGGCGACGCCGUGGACGAGGUCGGGGCAGCCGCUUCUCCCGGGCGCCGCCGCGGGCCUCCUCUCGCCGCCGGGUGCCCCGGGCUCGCUCGCGCCUCCGCCUCCGCCCGGCCUGCCUCCCGGCUGGGGAGGGAUGGCUCCUCCUCCUCCUCCGCCGCCGCCGCCGCCGCCGCCGCCGCCGCCGCCCUUCCCACCUCCGCCGCCGCCGGGCGCGCCGCCGCCCGCGGUGCUGGCUGCGGUCGCCAAAGCCCGCGCAGAGGCCAGCGGCGGCGGCGACGACGAGAGGCGGCGCGAAAAGGCGGCGAAGAAGGCGGCCAAGGCGGAGCGGCGGGAGCGUCGGCGUCGGCGGGACAGCUCGAGCGGAAACGAGGCGGAGGAGGAGCGCAAGGGGCGCAAGGGGCGCAAGGAGCGCAGCAGGGAGGGCUUGACCAAGGUCGGGCGCGGGCACAGCUUCCCGCUUCAGCUGCCUGCCGCGGGCAAGGAGAUGGGCACCGUCAAGAUCUUUGUUCUGGACAAGGGGUACGGGUUCAUCCUCCCCGACUCGGGCGGGGGGGACGUGUACUGCCACGCCGAGAACCUGCUCGACGGCACUGCGAUGCUCGAGGGGGCACGCGUCUGCUACACGCCCGCCGUCGACCACGAGCGGGGAGGGAAGCGGGUCACCGGAGGGUACAUCGACCCGCGCCGCCCGCCGCCGCCCGCGAGCGUCGUCGCCUACCUUACAAGUGGCGCGGGGCGCAAUGGCGCGGCGGGCGGCGCGGGAGCUGCUGCUUCGGCGCUGCCGGGAUCCGUCGCCUCCGCUCUCGCCGCCGCGGCCGUCGCCUCCACGACAGGAAUGCCGCCGCCGCUGCCGCCGCCGCCGCCGCCGCCGCCGCCGCCGCCGCCGCCGCCGCUCUCGUCCGCCGCCGCCGCCGCCGCCGCCGCCGCGACAGCCGCAGUCGCCGCCACCGCCGCCGUCGUGCAGCAGCAGCUCGGCGAGGCGUACCCGACGACCGAGGCGAUCGACCGGAUGCUCGACGACUGGGCGGUGGCCAAGCGCCGGAGGGACUUUGCGACCGCCGACCGACUGGCGGCCGAGCUGCGCCCGCUCGGCGUCGACCCGAACAUCGCCCGACCGCCCGGCUCGCGGCUGAGCGACGUCAACGCCUACCUGCGGGCGGAGCCGGCGAGCGCUGCGGGAUGGUACGCGAACAACACCGCGGCGGCGGCGGCAGCUCAGCUCGCCGGCGGCGGCGGCGGCGGCGGCGGCGGCGCGGGGGACGGCGGUCUGGCCGAAGGUCAGCUCGUCGCCGGCUUCCCGGACUGGCUCGUCUCGCUGAUGGGGACGGAGGCGCAGGUGCGGCACGCGCGCGCAGAGGUGCAGGACGCCGCCGAGCUCAAGGCGAGGAGCGGUCGCGCGGCGCGGUUCGCGUCCGAGGCGGGCAAGGGCGCAAAGGCCGAGCUGCGGCAGGGGGCGUCGGCGCUCGAGCUUGGCGCGGUGGUGGCUGGCGCGGUGGAGGGGCAGUCGACGGCGCUGGAGAAGAGCUACCUGCGGCUCACUGCGCUGCCGCGGGCGGACGAGGCGCGCGGCCCGCCGACACACCAUGUCUCCGCGGUGCGGCCGCUGCCGGUGCUCAACGACGCCUUCGAGCUCGCGAUCCGGCAGGACCUGACGGUGCAACACCUCUCGUCGCUCCCCGCGGCGCAGCGCGCAGAGGGCGGCGUCGGCGUCUCGCCCGAGGACGGGCCACGCGCGCGCUUCGCCCUCGCCGUGUACGAGUACCACGCGCGCCUCGCGCUCGCCGCCGGCGACGAGGGCGAGUUUGCGCAGUGCCAGGCGCAGCUGGUCCCUCUGCACGCGGCGGGGCUGUCGGAGCACGCCGCAGAGUUCGCAGCGUACCGGAUUCUCCACUGCGCCGCAUCGCGGGCCCCCUCGCUGCCCGACGAGCUCCGCACCGUCGCCCUUGGCCUCGCGCCGCCGGAGCUGGCGGCGCCGCCCGUCGCCCAGGCGAUCGCAGUGGUCACCGCCCUCCAGCGCGGCGACGCGGCCGCGUUUUUCCGCGAGGCUGGCCGCAUGCACAACCGCGGCGACGCGCUAGUCGCGCCUCUGGUGGAGCAGCAGCGCGCGCGCUCGCUGCGCGUCCUCUGCGCCGCCUUCAAGUCGCCGGCGCCCUCCGCGCUCCCGACCCUCCCGCUCCGGCUCGCCGCCGCCGCCCUCGGCUUCGGGGACGACACCGCCGCGUGCGACGCGUGGCUCAAGGGCCAGGCCACGAGUCUCAAGCUGACCGGUGGCGGCGAGAGCGGAGGCGGCGAGAGCGGGGGCGGCGAGAGCGGAGGCGGCGGCGAAGGCAGGGGUGACGGAGGCGGCGGCUGCGGCAAGGCCGAGGUGGCGGGCCCCUCUGCCGGCACCGCUAAGGCUGCCACCGCCAAGGCUGCCAGCUCUCAGGCGUCAGCACCGGCUGCCGACGUGGAGCUCCCCGCCGCGGCGCCGUCCGCCACGGCACCUGUUGAUACCGCCGCUCCUGCCGCCGACACGCUUUCCAACGCCGCCGCUGCCGCCGCCGCUCCAGCCACCGCCGCUCUUGCCGCCGCUCCUGCCGCCGCCCCCGCCGCCACCGCUUCAGCAGCCGCCGCUCUUGCCGCCGCUGUGCCCGCUCCCGCCGAGCCACCCAAGAAGAAGCGGACGGCACGUUCGGAGCGUGCUCCGUACGUACCCCCGGGUGCACGUGCUCGCCAAAAGUAGCUCAUGGUUUUGCCAUUUUGGGGCGCGCGGGGGAUCCCUUCCCCGCGACGCGCGAGAGGCAGCUCGCUGACCCCCGCGCGGCGGCGCGCGGGUCCGCGGGGCACCUCAGACCGCUCUCUGUCGAAAAGCCUUUCUUACAAGUCGUAUAUUUCAGUACA